CGAUCCCCAACAAAUGAAGAGCGUGCGUGUUCACUGGUGGUCGUUCUCGUUCGAUUAAAUGGUCUGGAGGUCGUAUUAUAAGGUUACUGGGAGAAUUUUUUAAAAAAAUGCCUAAGUUAUUGUAUUAACUUGUUAUUUUCGGAUUGUGUACCUAUUUCGAACUUCCUAAAAGUACCAAAGGUCGGAUUGCAGUAAGUUUAAUCAUGAAUCAAAACUUAUCUUCAAAAUUGGAGAAGAGACUUAGCCUAGCUAGGUCAAGUGAUGGGAUAGCAGAUAGUUUUUACACUAUCAACGAACGACCCGUCGAUGAUAUAUCUCUGGAAUUUUUUUACAAACCCCACACUAUUACACUGUUAGCUGUUUCAAUUGCAGCAGUCAUAUAUUCAGCAUUUAUUAGGAAUGAACAAAGUAUAGAAGAUAACAUUUGGGCUGGAUUUUGUUGUGUUAUUUUCUUCUUUUUGAUUGUCUCUGUACUUGCAUUUCCCAAUGGACCAUUUACUCGACCACAUCCAGCGCUGUGGAGAAUGGUAUUUGGCUUGAGUGUCCUGUACUUAAUGGCCCUAGUAUUCUUGUUAUUUCAAAACUAUAAAACUGUUAGAGCUUUGUUGUUGUGGAUUGAUCCAUCCCUAAAAGAUUUUCACAUAGAUAUGGAAAAGGAAUAUGGUGUCAAUUGCUCUGAUAUUACAGUGGAUAGAGUAUUGGGACAUUUAGAUGUCUUUGCUUGGGGUCAUUUUUUAGGAUGGAUGUUCAAGGCUAUCCUUGUUCGACAUAUGGGCAUUCUCUGGGCAAUCAGUGUAAUGUGGGAAAUCACAGAGAUUGCCUUCGCUCAUUUACUUCCUAACUUCAUUGAAUGCUGGUGGGAUGCCCUCAUUUUAGAUGUGAUUAUUUGCAAUGGAGCAGGGAUUUGGGUGGGGUUAAAAAUUUGUAAAUAUCUUGAAAUGAGAGAAGAUAUUCAUUCCACAUCAGGGAAGAUUAAGCGAGCAGUCCUACAAUUCACUCCUGGCAGUUGGACCCAUGUUCGCUGGUUGGAUCCAACUUGCACCUAUAUGCGCUUCUUUGCUUUGUGCCAGAUGGUCAUAUUCUGGCAGGUAUCAGAAUUAAACACUUUUUUCCUGAAGCACAUAUUUGAAAUGCCUCCUUCGCAUCCCCUUGUGGUUGGACGUUUAAUUCUUAUUGGAGUGAUUGUUGCACCUUCAGUUCGGCAGUACUAUAGUUAUGUGACUGAUACCCAGUGCAAAAGAGUGGGAACUCAAUGUUGGGUGUAUGGUGCAAUAAUGGUGAUGGAAGCCAUUCUAUGUAUCAAGAAUGGCAAAGAACUGUUUGAACAAACCCAAGCUAUUAACAUUUUUUUCUGGCUGCUUGUUCAGCUGCUAGUUUCAAUAAUGUGUGUCUAUGGAUGUGUUGUUUGGCAUCGCUACUUUCAGAGUGAGGGUGACAUUUCAAGGGAGACCUCCCCUUGCAAAGGUCCCGACUUUGGAUUUAAAGACCGUCAACCUGAAUUUUUACCUAAGGAAUCUGAGCAAAUAGGGACCAUACCUAGCUAUCCGCAAUCGGCUGGGGAUCUAAAGAGGAGGAAUGUAACAUUUAGAAAUGGUGAAGCUGAUGUCAGCCCAUAGUAAAUUCACAGUUGUAAAAGUUAAACAGAGGUAAAAUUUGUUAUAACUUCUGGCAGCUUAAACAGUCAACAACGCAAUUCGUAUAAACAAUUGUUUCUAAAUGACUGUAAUCCUCGUGCUCAAAAAGUGUAAAUAUUUCCUGAAGAGAAACAAAAUUUAGGAUUGGACUUGAAUUAGUAGUGCUCUUUGGUGAAAAGUAGUUUUUGUGUGCUGCCUUCUUUUCAUUACAAAUGUUUGGAAGUUUUUACUGAUGUUCUCAAAAAAUGCGAAAGAGGACCUCUAUAAACAGGAAAAUCGUGGUAUAUAAUGUCUGCCUUUAAUUUUAAAUCCUGGGUUUUAUCGGAUGCAUAUCUAUUUUCUUCCAGUGAGAACAAGUACUCAGAACUAUUAUUCUAAAACAUAUCUAGUUAAUGUUGUGUUAUAUUUAUAACAGAGGUUCCCAUUCUGUUGCCCUCAUACGUACUGUCAUUCCAUUCUUGGGAAGAAAAAGUUACUAAAUGCCCCCUAGGAAAUAUAUUUUAUUCGAACAAAGAAGUGGAGAAAAUUUGCCUUCCUAUCUCCAUCAUUACUUCAGUUUCAUCAGGGGCCACUGCUGCCUUUUGGAUUGCUCUACUGCCUGUCAGAGGGUGAGAUGUCUGAAAGCGCAGUCCUCUGCGGCCGAGUCGGUGGAUACUUGGCUGUCUGGAAGUUACCACGUCUGUACCUAAGAGACAGUGUCUUGUAGACAGCCAUGUGUCUAGGUGGACCAUCUGCUUUGGAAACUAGUGGGAUGAAAUGAAAAGCAAUUGCAUUUGGAGUGCAAGCAAAUUUUGUGCCAUAUACUUCGUAAAUCUGUUUGAGAACCAGAUAUUUUUCACUGUACAUUGCCUUUAGAACACAACAAUUUUCUUGAGAUUGAAAUUAUGAGGCAAUUGAAAUGCAUAGAUAAUUUCUGCAUAUAUUUUUCACAUGUGUAAAAUUGCCAAUCGUGUGUUACUAGUUAGAUCACUCACAAGUUGUUUGAUUUUUAGCUGUAGUGGCUAGAAUACUUUUUCCUUUCUGUCUCUUUUAUUUUUUUGCAACCUGACAUGUAAUUUUUUUUGGUGAAAAUACUUUUCAUUUAUUUUAAUCUUGCAUUUGAAAAACAAUGAAAAGUUAUCUAUUUUUAAAUAGAAAAAAUUCAAACUACAUGUUUGAAAAAUUGUUUUUUAUGGCAUUUGUUUGAUAUAGUUUAUCACAAUAUGAUGUAGUAUUAGUUCAUGUAGUUUCAAGACUCGAGUCUUGAGCCUUGGUGUAGACCUGAGGAUGUCUAGUCAUGUUUGCCAAAUGAUGAUGUUACUUGAAACUUCCUAUAUUCUUUCCAAUUUUAAAUCAUGUUGAUUAUGAUCUUGUAAUAUGAGAUGUACAAGUGUUGUUUGUAAAUUUGUAGUUAGGAACAAGCAUCAUCAAAGAAGAACAUGUUUUUCUGAGGCUCAUGUGUUGAUUGUCCAUUCUCCCCUACAAACUGAACGUUGACUACUUAUUACUGUCAUGCGUUUGCAGAGAUCUGUGAUAAAGGAGUCUUGUUUGCAAGUUUUGAUGUAGUUUUUCUUUUAGUCAGUGUCUCAUGUUUAUUUCUCUUGAGAAUAAGUGCAUAAAGUGUAUGAUAGUGCAUGUAUUAUAGUGCAUUUGUGAAGUAAUUUAUAGGAAGUCCUUUUUCUCGUUUGUUGAUUUUUAUGUUAUUGUUAAUUUGUAAAUUUUGCUAGUACGUUAUUGGACAUUGUGGGAAUAUUGAUUGUGACACUUGAUCCCACUGCAGUACAAAGAUUUGAGUUUGUCUGCAGCUUAUACUGAAAGAGAUUAAAAAUGUGAUAGGGACCCCUGUACACUACGAUGGUGUAUUCAAGUGAUGUAGUCUGUCUCCGUCUGAUUACUGUGUAUGAUGGUAGCUAGUGCAAACAGAAAUAACACUUUUGAGGCAUACAACAUGAAAUAAGGCAAACAGAGGUGAGAGUAAUUGUUGAAAAAAUUACCAGUAUUAAUCCAUAUUCAGUGAAAGCUACCUCAUCUCUCUUUGCCAUCAGUCUAAUCACAUUUAUCAAGGUAUUUACAGUAGAAUGUAGUACACAUCAAAGUGCCUUCGAUGUAUUUUCUUUUGGAGUAUGAUAUGUUGAAUAUUGAAGUUAUUUCUGCCAAUCCUUUGUACAAAGCUUGAUUAAUGCAGUUCAUGAGAUCACUGAAAUGUACUUUUAUAAUUGUUCCUUGACGUCUAAAUAAUCAGUUUUAGGACAUUUUGAAUGUAGGGUGAAUGUGAAAAGUAAUGAAAGUUACAAGAGAUUACAUGUUUUGUGUGAAAUUGAAGCAAUACUGAAGCAUGUGGUGUCAUUCUCUUAAAUACUAAAGACAGUCAUGGAGCCUAACAUACAGUAUUUUUAUGCGAAUUUCUCUUUCUUCAUUUAAUAAAAAAUUAUAAAAAUUCAUCAUUUAUUUCCAGUUGAUUUUUGAACUUUUCUACUUUACUUUUGAAAAUUAUUUUCAGAUGUGGAAUUGCAUUGAUGACAUGGCAUUUAUUACGAAGUGAGUUGUGAUGAAAAGACAAAUGGAAGGCAAAGGGACUGUCUCACAUUUCUGACUUUUAGUGAAAAAUAUGCGCUGUUUUCUUCUUUAGUAUUUCCUUAUGUUUAGCAUUUUCUUAGUAAUGUGAGAGUAGAGUCUCAGUAGAUAAACUUGAGGUCGAAUUUUAGUUCUACAUUUUGGAACUGUGAUAUUUGUCUCGGCAUAAGCAGGUGAAGCUCCUUGACCAAUCUCUGUGUGGAAUCCAUCAUAGGUCACCAUGACAUUGCUUCCAGUUCUCAGGGCAGUUGGCAGCACUAAUCGCUCUCUCACGGCAUUUACUUAUAAUAUGUUGUGCUUUAGUAUAAAGUUGUCUAUAUUUGCAGUAAACUAAUUUUUCGGCUUAACUGAGGCCUGAAUUAAGGAGUUUUCUGACUUGCUUGAAAAGGAUAAUAUGAGAUCUGAAGUAGUGUGUUAAGAUUUAGCUGCCAGAUUGCAUUGACAGUGCCUGAUUUAUGAUGUGAACCAAGUAUCAUAAUAAUAAUUUGGGAGCUAAUUGAAUGGUAGCAGAAUGUUUUCUGUAAGGCCCUUGGUGUGGCUUCUGUGUGGCUCUUGGAUAUGGGAAUAUACUUCAGAAGUUUAUGUUCUGACUGUAUUUACAAAUACAAGUACAUACAUUAGCAGGCUGUGAUUCUUUGAAUUUUUUUCUCCACCAAUUGUUAAGAGAUUAAUUUGAAAUGGUUAUACUAUUUAUUUGACUGGAUUAUGAAAUACUGAGUUCAUGGUUAAGUGAGGACGUAUUUUUAGUGUCUGUAAAGGUGUCAUGGCGAAUUUCUCUCGAUAGCAAAUAUUACAUUUCUCCCAAGUUUUGCUAGUUGGAUGGCUUUCUUAUUGUCUUCCUUUUGGUGCAUUUUUAUCCUUUUGAAAUAGUAAUUCUGUAGUCAACAGGGAAAAAGUUCUCAAGUCUGUAACUAAACCUAUGUACUUAAGACCGUUUAUAGUUUCUUUGUCCAGAAUUAUUUCAGACACCCAUUUUUUUAUUAAGACAGGAACACUUUAAAGCGAAACCAUAAUUUAGAUUAAACGAUUUUAAUUAAAAUGUUCUAUCAAUUUUUAAAAUUUAUAAUUCCUACUUUUGAAGGACUUCUUUUCCUAAUCUUCAGGAGUUUUUCUAAAUUUAAGAUAAACAGAAACUAUUAUAAUAAUAACAUUGCCUUAAGACGAUAUAACAAUGUUACAUUUUCUAACUUUAAAAUUUUAGUUAAACUUGCAUAAAACAAAUAGAAAUUAUUAUAAAUAUAUACCAUGUACAAAUGAACUCAGCUCAAUAAAUUUUGUCAUUUUUUAAAAAAUAUAUCGUACUCUACGUUGACAAAAAGUCCCUAACGUCUAUUAAUUUUCAUGAAAGGCUUCCAUUAAAGAACAUUAAACAAAAUUGUUUAAUCCAAAUUAAGGUGUCUAGUUAAUGUAUUUUUGUGCUUAAUAUUUUAAUAAAAAAAGACUAAAAUAAUUCUGGACAAAAAACCUAUAAAUAGAAUCUUAAUGACAGUUUGAAGAUAAUUACAAACUUUUACUUAGCUGCUUCAGAAUUAUUUAGUUUAUCCCUAGAACAUUCUCAGAAAUUUUCUGUUGUUAUGAAUGAUGAUAAUUAAUGACUAUUGAUGAUUUGUACUGAUACAAUUGUGUCUUAAUUUAUAUUGUUUUCCAAUAUUAUUACAUGCCAUUAUUAUUUGAGGGACAGGAAUCUUGGACCAAUUUUUUAUCAACUUUGAUUUUUACUGAAAGAAAGUUUUGUAUUAAACAAUGUGUCAUAUUUUGGGCUCAUUUCAGCAAAGGAAUGAGCAUUUAAGUGACAUGUGUGAAACUACUAAUGGCUUUCAAAUCAAAAUAAUUUUCUGAUAUUUAUUUUAAGAAGCGUGCAAAAGUUUCUUAUAUUGCAAUAUAUGUGCAGAUUUGUGAAAAAUGACAAAAGGUAACUAAAAAUCCAGAAAUCUUAAAUAAUUUUGUUCUAAACACAUAUUGUAGUUAUAAUAACUGAUUUUCAAAAGUAAUUUGUUGUUUUGAAGUGUAUCUUUUGAAACAUCCAUUUCAUCCAAUAUAAAAUUAGUUUCUUUUAUGAUUACAAAAAAAUUGUUUUUGGUUUUAUUCACAUUGUGGAGACAAAUUUUCCUUUCUUCUGUUUAUUUUUUUUAAGAAUGACACCUAUGCUAUCAGCUAUUUGACAUUGCAUAUCACUGUUGGUUUUUAUUGUAUACUAAUCAGUACCCUGAUAUAUUCUGUUUCUGUCUUAAAAACAUGGUUAAAAAGAAAAUCGCCACGAUGUGAGUCAUUGGUUUAUGUAUUAUAUGUAUAGGAACUUACAAAAAUCGGAUUUUGUUUAUUGGAGAAAUAAUCAAUGUGAUACACAGCUAUAACUUAGAAUAUUUCUUAUGAUGUUAAAAAUAUAUUUUAAUUUCAAAACCCUUAUAGAAGAUUACAAAUGGAUAAGUCUUGGAUACAAACUUGAUUGGGAUUAUGCCCAUGUGCCCAGUUCAUCCCAACUAGGAACAUCUCACUUAUUGCUUCCAGUCUGUAUGCCCUCAAAAUGCAGUACCAAGCUAAGUGUCAAAAAUUAAACUUUCCUUCUUUUUGUAACUGAUUGUCUAAGACAAGCACCUGAAUGAAAAUAAUUUUUAGUGGCUCAGUACUGUAAUUAAUGAUGAUAAUCUAUUUUUUAAAAUUAGCAUAAUUCUAGAUUGUUUUGAUUAGGAAAGUAAAUCAUUUAUUGCAAUUGAAUAUAACUAUUUUGUCUAAUUGAAGUAUGUAGAAGAAUUCAAAAACUGUCUUAUAAAAUACACUAUUAUUUGCUCUAUAUAUAUCUGUUCUAGAGAAUAACAGAUUGAGCAUUAAUGUUUUAUUCAGUGGAAGUAAAGUGAAAUGUUAAAAUAAUGUAUACAAUGUAUCUAAUGGUUUCUACUCAGAUGAAUUGUGGAAGAGUUGUAAUAUUGGAGACUGACCCAGACAUUCCAGAAUCAUCACCUAUUCAGUCACUUGGUAUCCUAUCCCUCUGCACCAUGUUAUUCUGCUCUUCCCUUAUCACUAUUGUUAUUGUCUCUGAAAGCUGCAAUAUUUAAGCAAAAUGCUUACAUUCAUUCUCAUAUGAAUAUCUUCUCAGUCUUUAAUGUAUGAUUAUUAAAAGAGUUCAAUUUGAAAUGCUCCAUUGCAUUAUCUAAGAUUACUAGUCAGCCUGUAAUGAACCUGUCCAAUAAAUAUUGUUUAAUGUUGAAUUGUUGUCAUUUUGAAGACUAUCGCCAUGGAUCUGUUUCCCUGUACAUCCUCUCCACGUUGUCUCGAAGCAUUUUUUCUUGCUCUGUUAUUCAGGUUGGCAAUGAUGCAUUGCUUCCUCAGGAACUCUGAACAUAGCUCUUUAGUUAAACCAAACGCGUGCAUGUUGUAUGUAAAUGUUCUGAAAAACAAAUAUUGAAGCAAAUGCAUUCUCGUUGAUACACAGACAUUUGGAUUUCUAUAAUUAACAUAGGUGUCUCAGACAAAACGUGCAAAAACACAGAAAACAUGUGAAUGGGGUUAUGGGAAGCAACUUUUGUCAGUGAACCCUGAAUUUAAGAAGCCCAUGACUGUAUGCUAGAUUGAGUCCAAAAAGCAUGAUGCCUGUGAGGUUGGUAUACAAAUGCUCUUGAGCCUUCAGACAUACUGUUCCAGACAACUAUUUCAGGCUGAUAGGGGUAAGGCUGGUCUUAAAGCCAAAAGUUUUGUUGGAGGAUUUUGUAUUGAAUUGAAUCGUUAAAUGCAAUGAUGCAAUUGUGAUUCUUUUUCCAGUAUCUCUUUUCCCUUUUUUCUCCUCAAAUGACACACCCAAGCUACUUCUGCUGCAAUGUUUUUGGUCUUACGUUCUCGCUUGUGUCUCUUACCCUGAAAUAAGGACCACUCAACCCAAUCUAGCUCUGAGCCCUGGCCUUUUUACUGUCAGGUUUCUGUGAUGAAAAGUGCUACCCUGCCCUGUUCUACCUGUCGUGGCUGGAAUUUCCAGUCAAAGGGCACUUAUGUAUUAUGCUUAUUAUGUGAGGCAAUUAGAAAACAAAGGUAGAGAAUCAAAUUUAAAAAAAUGUAAUUUCUGUACCCAUCCAAAAAGUUUGCAGUCCUAUAUAUUUGUUAUUUAUUUAGUGAAGAAAAAGUGAUUUCAUAUUUCUGUUAAAUCCUUGCAUAACAAAUUUUGUAGUAUAAUUAAUAACUGUAAUUGAAUGUAAACCAGUGUAAAUUACAGUGGUUGUUCAUAACCAGAGCAGUUGUAAAGAGACCUUAAAUAAUUUUUUUUUUUUUUUUAAGGUAUUGGGCCAAUAAUGUUUAGGCAGUCAAGUUUUCAUAAUUUUGUGUCUUUAUGAUGAAGAAACAAAAUGUGACUGGAUUUCAAGUAGUUCCAUGAAGACUGCUACCUUCUAAUAUCAUGAAUAAGGGGGUGAAUAAGUGUGUGUUUAUGUGCUUUCUUGAGGUUUCAAUUCGGAUCAGUCAGUCUGUAGCCCGUUACCUUCUUAACUGUAAGUCCAGCUGAGUACACCAUUUUCAAACAAACAAAAGAAUAAUAAAUAAUUCUGGUUAUAUUUCAUACCCUAAUUGACCAAAGGUAAUAUUCUCUUGAUACUGUUUCUCAUCCGUAAUAGCCUCCAGACUGUUGCUCUGAAUGUCAUCACGAGUCACAACGGGACGAUGCACUCUUUCACAUUGCAGUGCAUCAAAAAAGGCAGCAUUCCAAAAACGCAAGCUGUGCCAGAUGGUCUGCUCACGUAAAUAGGUGUAGAGAUACUCUUUGUAAGGUUCACACCCAGGAACAUCCACUGUAAUGAAGUAGUUUCUGAUGAGUUUGCCAUUCAUAGAUUAGAAAAGUUUAUUUAUUCAGGAAACAUUAUCUGAAGAUCUUAAUGAAGGUAGUAUUUUAAAAUAAUCAAACAUUAUUACGUCCUAAACCUCUAUUUAAAUUUGAUUUUCACGUUGUGAAAUGCAUUUAGUUCAUAAUUCUAAGCAAAUUAAUGUGCGUAGAGACUACUUAGUAGUAUGGUUUUAUUGACAUUGUAUUUCAUUGUAGCUUUCAAAGGUAAAAUUAUUGGAUACAUUUACUUUCAUAGAAUUUGAAGUUAUGAGUCAAAUUUUAAUUUUAAUGCAACUUGUGUAAGGUAUUACAAAGAAGUGUAAUUGUACAAAAAUAAACAUCACAAAUAUUAAAACCAGAAUUUCUAUUGACAUUAGAUGAUUUUCAAUGUGACUGAAUAAAGAAUAAUUGUGCUCUUAUACAUCUUAUCUCAUAAAGAAUAAUCUGUGCUCAU